AUGGCUCUCACAUUUGCCUCCCCAGUUUCUUCUCCCCUGUCCAAAAAGAAAAUGAGCAUCACCCAGACUUACUACCUCGCGCACACCGCCCGGAGCAAGCUCUCCAAGGAGGCUGCCCGAGCGGACCAUGAUCUGCGCCUGCUCGUUGGCCACGCCAACCUGCUGGAUUCGUUGAUGCUGGACCUGGCCAAUGCGGAGAAGGAACAAGAACAAUGGUUCAACAACACCGUCCGCAAUGCCACCAAGAAAGCCCAACCUUCACAUAUCCGAUGGGCAGACACAAUCGAAGAGGAGUCCAUGGAGGACUACUCCGAUGAUGACUCCGACGUCAGCGAUGACGAUUACUCGGAUUACGAUGAAGACGAAGAAGAAUUCGAAGACCUCACUUUCCAAGCCAUUACUGCCAGUCCGGUGCGCCGAGCACCGUCUCCACCAGCCCUACUCUCUGCGGAGCACGAUUCCGAGGAAGACGAAGACGAGCAGGAGGAAGAAGAGGAAGAGGAAGAAGCUGCUCGCCUCACAUUAACACGCUCACCAUCCCGACAACAAUCUCCUCCCGAGUUACUCGAGGAUCUGUCAUCGGAUGACGAUGAAGACUCGAUGCCACCAUCACCCGAAGCGUUGGUCAUGGACACAUUUACCUCGUCACAACAACAACAACAACAACAGCAGGAACACCCUGCCAAGCGGGCCGACCUGCUUACAGACUCAGAAACGCAACCGAUGUUUGAAGAGCAUGGAUUUAUCCACCAAGGCACGAUGAUUCCUGCCUUCUAA